UCCCAUCAUUCCCUCGUUCUCUCUCUGGCUCGCUCAGUUUUAGUUUGGUCGGGGGGCUUGUUUUACUUAGAGGCCGAGCUCCGGGGGUGACGCACAGUACGCGCGGGACCCCCUCCUCACCCUCCGCGGCCUCCCUCUCUUCUCUCAUCGGCCUCCGGGCCCGAGAACCCCCGCGUCUCCUUCCAACCCUCCUUGCGACCCCAUCGUCGCGCGUUCCGGUCCGCCCGGAAAACAAGCCCGCCGGCGCGCGCUUCCAACGGCCCCGACCGCUGCCAGGCCUCCUCUGACAGCACUAUGGGUGACAGUGAUGACGAAUACGAUCGGAGACGCAGGGACAAAUUUCGAAGAGAGCGCAGCGACUAUGACCGUUCCCGGGAAAGAGAUGAAAGACGGCGAGGGGACGAUUGGAAUGACCGAGAGUGGGACCGAGGUCGUGAGCGCCGCAGUCGGGGUGAAUAUCGAGACUAUGACCGGAACCGAAGGGAGCGUUUUUCUCCCCCUCGCCACGAGCUUAGCCCCCCACAAAAGCGCAUGCGGAGAGACUGGGAUGAGCACAGCUCUGACCCAUACCACAGUGGCUAUGACAUGCCCUAUGCUGGGGGGGGUGGGGGACCGACUUACGGCCCCCCUCAGCCCUGGGGCCACCCAGACGUCCACAUCAUGCAGCACCACGUCCUGCCUAUCCAGGCCAGGCUGGGCAGCAUUGCCGAGAUUGACUUGGGUGUGCCACCACCCAUAAUGAAGUCCUUCAAAGAGUUCCUCCUGUCCCUGGAUGACUCUGUGGAUGAGACUGAGGCCGUCAAACGCUACAAUGACUACAAGCUGGACUUCAGGAGGCAGCAGAUGCAGGACUUCUUCCUGGCUCAUAAAGACGAGGAGUGGUUCCGCUCCAAGUACCACCCCGACGAGGUGGGAAAGCGUCGGCAGGAGGCCCGGGGGGCCCUGCAGAACCGGCUGAAGGUGUUCCUGUCCCUCAUGGAGAGCGGCUGGCUUGACAGCCUUCUCCUGGACAUAGACAAAGCCGAGGCCAUUGUGAAGAUGCUAGAUGCAGCUGUCAUUAAGAUGGAAGGUGGCACCGAGAAUGAUCUCCGAAUCCUGGAGCAGGAGGAAGAGGAGGAACAGGCGGGCAAGACUGGGGAGGCCAGCAAGAAAGAGGAAGGCCGUGCUGGAGCAGGCCCGGGGGACGGAGAGCGCAAGGUCAACGAUAAGGAGGAGAAGAAAGAAGAGGGCAAACAGGCUGAAAACGACAGUUCUAAUGACGACCAAACCAAGAAGCCUGAAGCCGACGGGGACAAGGAGGAGAAGAAGGAAGAGGCCGAGAAGGAACCCAAAAAGAGCAAGAAGCGGAACCGGAAACACAGCGGUGAUGACAGCUUCGAUGAGGGCAGCGUGUCGGAGUCGGAGUCCGAGUCGGAGAGUGGGCAAGCCGAGGAGGAGAAGGAGGAGGCUGAAGAAGCACUUAAGGAGAAGGAGAAGCCCAAGGAGGAGGAGAGGGAGAAACCCAAGGAUGCUGCUGGGCUGGAGUGUAAGCCCCGGCCCCUGCACAAGACGUGCUCGCUCUUCAUGCGCAACAUCGCCCCCAACAUCUCCAGGGCAGAGAUCAUCUCUCUUUGUAAGAGAUACCCAGGCUUUAUGCGAGUGGCACUGUCGGAGCCCCAGCCUGAGAGGAGGUUUUUUCGCCGUGGCUGGGUGACUUUUGACCGCAGUGUUAACAUUAAAGAGAUAUGUUGGAACCUGCAGAACAUCCGACUCCGUGAGUGUGAACUGAGUCCUGGUGUGAACAGAGACCUGACCCGUCGUGUCCGCAACAUCAAUGGCAUCACACAGCACAAACAGAUAGUGCGCAAUGACAUCAAGCUAGCCGCCAAGCUGAUCCACACACUGGAUGACAGGACCCAGCUCUGGGCCUCUGAGCCUGGGACACCUCCCGUGCCCACAAGCCUGCCCUCACAAAACCCCAUCCUGAAGAACAUCACUGACUACCUGAUAGAGGAAGUGAGUGCCGAGGAGGAGGAGCUUCUGGGGAGCAGUGGAGGGCCCCCUCCUGAGGAGCCUCCCAAGGAAGGCAACCCAGCAGAGAUCAAUGUGGAGAGGGAUGAGAAGCUGAUCAAGGUCUUAGAUAAACUGCUUCUCUAUUUGCGCAUUGUGCAUUCUCUGGAUUAUUACAACACUUGUGAGUACCCCAAUGAGGACGAGAUGCCUAACCGCUGCGGCAUAAUCCACGUCCGCGGGCCCAUGCCUCCCAACCGGAUCAGUCACGGAGAAGUGCUGGAGUGGCAGAAGACGUUUGAGGAGAAGCUGACCCCACUGCUGAGUGUGCGUGAAUCCCUUUCUGAAGAAGAGGCCCAGAAGAUGGGUCGCAAAGACCCCGAGCAGGAAGUAGAGAAGUUUGUCACCUCCAACACGCAGGAACUGGGCAAGGAUAAGUGGCUAUGUCCUCUCAGUGGCAAGAAGUUCAAGGGCCCCGAGUUUGUGCGCAAGCACAUCUUCAAUAAGCACGCCGAGAAGAUCGAAGAGGUGAAGAAGGAGGUGGCCUUUUUCAACAACUUCCUCACGGAUGCCAAGCGCCCAGCUCUGCCUGAGAUCAAGCCAGCUCAGCCCCCCGGCCCUGCCCAGAGCCUGACCCCAGGACUUCCCUAUCCACACCAGACACCACAGGGCUUGAUGCCGUAUGGGCAGCCCCGGCCUCCCAUCUUGGGCUAUGGAGCUGGUGCUGUCCGCCCUGCAGUCCCAACAGGAGGGCCUCCAUACCCCCAUGCUCCAUAUGGUGCCGGCCGCGGGAACUAUGAUGCCUUCCGAGGCCAAGGAGGAUAUCCCGGGAAACCUCGGAACAGGAUGGUUCGAGGAGACCCGAGGGCCAUCGUCGAGUACCGGGACCUGGAUGCCCCAGACGACGUUGAUUUCUUUUGAGCCGCCCACUUGCCUCUCUUUACAUCCAUUACCAUCUGUACCCGACUACCCCAUCAGCUGAGAAUUGUUUUGUACGUUAUUUUUCCUGCUAGUAAAAGCACUUUGGUAGUGUCUCUUAA